CCCGAAAUUGUUUUAGUUGGAUUAGAGGAUUAAAAGAAAAUUUGCCGGCGAGAUUCAGAUUGAGAAAAAGGAAAAGAGAUUGGGACUUAGGGUUUAGAGUCCGGCGAAUAAGAAGGUCUCCGAAUCCGAGAGUAGCGUUGGGGAAUAUACAGAGAAGAUGUCGUCGACUCUACUCGAGCAAACUCGCUCCAGUCAUGAAGAGGUUGAAAGGUUGGAGCGAUUGAUUGUCCAAGAUCUACAGACUGAGCCACCGACCAGCAAAGACAGAUUGGUCCAGGGGCAUCGUGUUCGUCACAUGAUUGAGUCUAUCAUGCUCACCACUGAGAAACUUGUUGAAACCUACGAAGAUAAGGAUGGGGCAAGGGAAGAUGAGAUAGCAGUGCUUGGUGGCCAGUCUGAGGCAGGGUCAAAUGCCUUUGGUGCAUUUUACGAUCGUUUGAAAGAGAUACGUGAAUAUCAUAAAAAGCAUCCUUCUGGACGUCUUGUUGAUGCUAAUGAGGAUUAUGAAGCUCUCCUGAAGGAGGAACCAGUUAUUGCGUUCAGUGGAGAGGAAGGUGUUGGUCGCUACUUGGACUUACAUGAUAUAUAUAACCAGUACAUCAACUCUAAAUUUGGGGAAAGGGUUGAAUAUUCUGCUUACCUUGAUGUUUUCUCUCAACCAGAGAAAAUACCGCGUAAACUAAAGCUAUCAAGGCAGUACAAGAAGUAUAUGGAAGCUCUGCUAGAGUACUUGGUCUACUUUUUCCAGCGAACCGAGCCAUUGCAAGAUCUUGACCGCAUACUUUCUAGGGUUGAGACUGAUUUUGAAGAGCAAUAUGCAAAUGGGCAAGUAGAAGGCUGGGAGAACCAUAGCCUGGAAAAUGAGCUUAUUCCAUCUCAGCAUACUGUCAUAGAUCUGGAUUACUACACCACAGUUGAAGAACUGAUAGAUGUGGGUCCUGAAAAGCUAAAGGAGGCAUUGGGGGCAUUAGGACUGAAGGUUGGUGGUACUCCGCAGCAGCGUGCCGAGAGACUUUUCCUGACAAAGCAUACGCCUUUGGAAAAGCUGGAAAAGAAACAUUUUGCCAAACCUCUACACAAUGGGAAACAAAACGGAGAUGCCAAAUCAUUGCAGCAGUCUGAAAAUGCUAAGGAGAUUGCACUAACAGAGGCCAAAGUGAAGAAACUCUGCAGUUUACUUGAUGAGACAAUCGAAAGGACAAAGCAAAACAUUGUAAAGAAACAGUCCUUGACAUAUGAAGAAAUGGAGGGAGAGCGAGAAGGGGAGGAAGCUAAUGCCGAGUCAGAAAGUGAUGAUGAGGACGGUCAGAUUUACAAUCCGCUGAAUCUGCCAAUGGGUUGGGAUGGGAAGCCUAUACCAUACUGGCUCUACAAACUUCACGGCCUGGGGCAGGAGUUUAAAUGCGAGAUAUGUGGGAACUAUAGUUACUGGGGAAGAAGGGCAUUUGAGAGACAUUUUAAAGAAUGGCGACACCAACACGGAAUGCGUUGCCUAGGAAUCCCUAACACAAAGAACUUCAAUGAGAUCACUUCAAUUGAGGAAGCGAAAGAAUUGUGGAAGAGGAUACAGGAGAGGCAAGGAGUGAACAAAUGGAGGCCAGAACUUGAAGAAGAAUAUGAAGAUCGUGAAGGUAACAUUUACAACAAGAAGACUUACUCUGAUCUCCAGCGUCAAGGUCUCAUCUGAUGGAUCACAUCCUCAUGGGUUUUAGAGGUUCCCUACUUGAUGAAAUCUUCUCUCUAUACCAUAUGACUUGAAAAUCACACCUACCUUUUCUACUAUGUAAAAUCAAACCAUUUGUCAUAUUGUUGUGAAGUAUCAUCACCUUAAAACAGGUUUUAGUUUUAGGUAAUCUCAAUUCGACGUCGGUGCAUGUUUCUGAAUUAGCUUUCACAAUCCAGGAUAUAAAAAAUGGUUUUGAUGGACAA